AUGUGCCAAGAUUGCUAUCGAACGUCAGCGGCAGCCGUCUCCAUGUCUCUGGCGAUGACGAACCCGGAGCUCAUCUGGCCAUAUCAUCAAGAGCAAAAGAGACAGUCAGCCCAUUCACAAUCAUCGAAAGCACAAACACAAGCACAGCUAGACGUCAAACCUUCAUCUGCCUCGACUUACUCAGAGUCUACCACAUAUUCGUACGACAAGGAAAAGAGUCACAGCGAUACCAAGCAGAAGCGGUCGAUGCGGCAACGAAUUAAAGAGACUCUCAAAGAUAUUGGGAACCCACCUACGGCAAAGUCCGAUCGAAAGAACGGCCAAAAGACCGAAGACCUGACGACUGACUACGGUCUGAUGAGCUCGAGUACACAGGGAAGGACGUGA